GGCAUGCUCUGCAUCCGCAGGCCUUUUCACCAUGGAGCCUGACGACCUCCAGCGCACUUUCGUCCGGACAUUGCACAUCGCGUCUCGCAGUGACCGUCGAGGAUGGCUUUCCGGCAGCGCCUCGUUUCAUUAGAUGAGAAAAUCCGGCUAAAGGGCGACGCAGCUCAGCAUGAACAGACCGACUCGUGGAGCAACCGCGACUUGAUUCCGCUACCGCCGUCGCGGAGGACGUGGGGAUGGUUCAAUUUCUUCGGCUUCUGGGCGAUUGCGAGUCUCAAUGUUGCGAAUUGGCAGACGCCGAGCACGUACUUGACGAUGGGCCUUUCGGUCCGCCAGGCCAUGCUCAUCAUCGUCGUUGGCAGAGUGCUCAUUGCGCUUUUCUCGACGCUCAUCGCCUGGGCGGGUCUGAAGUGGCAUAUCGGGUUUACGGUGCAGAAUCGGUAUUCGUGGGGUAUGCGGGCGAGUUACAUCCCGCUCCUUCAGCGUAUCUUGUUGAACUUCAUCUGGAAUGCCGUUCAAUGCUGGAACGGCGGUAGACUGUGUGCGGUAUGCAUAACGGCCAUCUGGCCGUCCUUUGCGCGGAUCCCAAAUACGUUCGGUUCCAACAUGCCUACUACAACAUACGAAUUCGUCGGCUUCGUUGUCUUCUGGUUCCUCUCGACUCCGUUCCUAUGGCUUCGCCCAGAGAAGUUCAAGCUGCCGUUCCAGAUCGUAUGCACGUGGUGCGGUGUCGGUAUGCUUGCUUGGAUGAUCUGGGCUCUCGCAACGGCGAAAGGCGUCGGUCCGCUCUGGAACUCAGGACAGCAGCUGCCCGUUGGUUCUGCGUGGAGCUCAUCCUGGCUGAUCAUGGCCGGCAUAAACCAGAUGGUGGGUGGGCUCGCAGCUGGCAUCACCAACGGAUCCGACUUCUCCCGUUAUGCAAGUGCGCGGCGACACUAUGUUAUCGGCACAAUAACCAGCUGCCUUAUCACUGGAGUCCUGGUUUCCUUCAUCGGUCUCGUUACUGCCGCUGCUGCCCAGAAGAUAUACGGCGAGGUGUACUGGAACCCACCUGAUCUCCUAAUGGUUAUGAUGGACAGCGGUAACGGGUCCUCGAAGGCGCGAGCGGGGGUCUUUUUCCUCUCUGCUGGCUUCGCAUUCACCGCCAUGUUCGAAAACAUUUGCGGAAACGCCAUCGCGGGCGGUAUCGACUUGGCUGGUCUCUUCCCACGAUACAUUGAUAUCCGUCGUGGUGCGAUCAUUACGUUCGUAGCCGCCUGGAUCGUGCAACCGUGGCAGCUCAUCAAUCGCGCAACUACCUUCAUCACCGUUCUGUCGUCUUUCUCCGUAUUCUUGGCGCCCAUCAUGGGUAUCAUGGCAUGCGACUACUACGUUCUCCGCAGACGAAGGAUUAGGCUGAGCCACUUGUACCGGACGAAGAACUCCUGCUACACCUUCUGGAAGGGAGUCAACUGGCGAGCGAUACCUGCUUGGAUCUGUGGCUGGGCACCAACGAUCGGCGGUCUGGUGGUGACUGUCCGAAUGGACCCAAGUCCACCUCGGGCGCUCGUGCAGCUGUACUACAUGGCGUUCUUGAUUGGCUUCUUUAUCAGCGCAGUCGUGUUCUACCUGCUCAACCUUGCCUUCCCAGUGCCGGACAUGGACCAAAUCGAUGAGGUUGACGUAUACGGCACCUUUUCGCCGGCGGAAGCUCGACGGAUCGGCGUCAUUCCCCUUGAUGAGGAUUCGUCCGUCAUGGGCAUAUCGGAGACCGGAAUGGGACGGGGCUCUGUUGAGAAUGUCGUGGUCAGCGAAGAUGGGAAGAAGUCCUAAACCUGUUCCAUCCAAUGCUGCGGUCCGUUAGCCAGAAUGGUCUGAGCUUCCUCUCUUUUCGAAGACA